UAAGUUGGCCUAGAGCUGUGAUAUGGUCAAAUUUUUGGUGUUUUACGCGAAUUUCUUAUAAAAUAACAGAACUAGUCAAAAUAGAUCGCAUUUAAUGAAUAGUAUAAUGAUAGCACAAUGCUACAACACUACAAAGGUUGUAUUUACGCGCUAGUGCUAUGCCAAGUAAUAAGUGUAUUCGCUCACGAUCACUUGCUCGAAGGUAUAUACUGCGGCAAAGAAAACUGCUAUGAAGUCCUACAGGUGACACGAGAAUCCACAAAAAAUGAGAUCGGCAAGUCCUACAGACAACUCGCCAAAAAGUUCCAUCCGGAUUUGCACAGAGGCGAGAAAGAAAAAAAGGAGGCCGAGGAGAAAUUCAAAGAGAUCGCCACCGCAUACGAGAUACUCCGAGACGAUGAGGCAAGGUCCGACUACGACUACAUGUUGGACAAUCCUCAGGAGUACUAUGCUCACUACUACAGGUAUUAUAGACGAAGAAUGGCGCCGAAAGUCGACGUUCGCAUCGUCCUAGCCGUGACCAUCUCGAUUAUAUCAAUCAUACAAUACUACAGCGCGUGGUCCAAAUACGACACAGCCAUAAAAUACUUCAUGACCGUCCCAAAAUAUAGGAACCACGCUUUGGAAAUCUAUAAAGCGGAGACAAAAGAAGCAGCUCUUCAUCAGGGUAAAAACAAAGGACCGAAGAAAAGUAAGAGCGAGCAAAAAGCGGAACAGGAUAAGGUGAUACGAAGAGUUAUUGAGGAAAACAUGGAUAUAAAGGGGGCCUAUGCAAAGCCCGAGAUAGUGGACAUUCUGUGGAUACAGCUGAUAAUAUUGCCUUACACAAUUGCGUACUACAUUUACUGGUACUUGAGAUGGUUCUGGAAGUUCGACAUCUUAAAACACCCUUACGGCACUGAAGAGAAGCUGUACAUCAUCAGGAAGUUCAUGAAACUCGGUCAACACCAGUUCAAUUCAAUAGAAGAGAGUGAAAAGCAGUCUUUCUUGGAUGAAAAGCUGUGGAUCAAGCAAAACUUUUUAAUAUGGAAGGCAAAAAAAGACGAAGAAACUAAAAAGGCUCUAGCAGAGAAUAAUAAGUAUAAACAGUACAGAAGAUACAUUAAAAACCACGGGAUCGGGAGAAUGACAUUUGAUGACUCAUGAUGGUUUAUUGUGUUAUUUAUUUUAUUAUAAAAAAAUAAAUUAUUCUUAUAUUA